AAGAAGGCAUGCGCAGAAGAAGGAAAAGCUUACCUAGAGUGGACCGGCGUGAGCAGCUGCGGCGGCCAAUGGGAUUGGAGGCUAGGAGAGACCAUGAAGCUGAACAUAGAUGGACUGCUUGUUUAUUUCCCCUAUGAUUACAUCUACCCGGAGCAGUAUUCUUACAUGCUGGAGCUGAAGAGGACAUUGGAUGCCAAGGGUCAUGGCGUUCUGGAAAUGCCAUCGGGCACCGGGAAGACCAUCUCCCUCCUGUCUCUGAUUGUGGCCUACCAGCGGGCUUAUCCCCUGGAAGUGACCAAGCUCAUUUACUGCUCCCGAACGGUGCCAGAGAUUGAAAAGGUCAUCGAGGAACUGCGCAAACUCCUGGAUUUCCACGAGAAGCAGACGGGACACAAGCUGCCCUUCUUGGGCUUGGCUCUUAGCUCCAGGAAGAACCUCUGCAUCCACCCGGAGGUGAGCGCCUUUCGCUUCGGGAAGGAGGUGGACGGGAAGUGCUUCAGCCUGACUGCUUCCUACGUCCGGGCUCAGCAGCAGCAAGACAGCAGCGUCCCCUCUUGCCGCUUCUUUGAGGAAUUUGAUGCCCACGGGCGGCAGGUGCCCCUCCCAUAUGGCGUGUAUAAUCUCGACGACUUGAAGGCCUUCGGUCGCCAGAAAGGAUGGUGCCCUUACUUCCUUGCACGAUACUCGAUCCUUCAUGCCAACAUUGUGGUGUACAGCUACCACUAUCUCCUGGACCCCAAGAUCGCCGACCUGGUCUCUAAAGAGCUGGCCAAGAAAUCCGUCGUUGUCUUCGAUGAGGCUCACAAUAUUGACAACGUCUGCAUCGAUUCCAUGGGUGUCAACAUCACGCGCAAGAUGCUGGACCGGUGCCAGGGGAACGUGGCCACGCUCCAAGCCAGCAUCCAGAAGAUCAAGGAGACGGAUGCUCAGAAGCUGAAGGAGGAAUACCGACGCCUGGUGGAAGGUUUGCGGGAGGCGAAUGUCGCCCGCGAAACGGACGUCUAUUUGGCCAACCCGGUGCUGCCCGACGAGGUCCUGCAAGAGGCCGUCCCGGGCAACAUCCGGACUGCAGAGCACUUUGUGGGCUUCCUGAAACGCUUCCUGGAGUACUUGAAGUCCCGCUUGCGGGUGCAUCACGUCGUCCAGGAAAGCCCCCCGUCAUUCCUGAAGGACAUCUUCGAGAAGGUCUGCAUUGAGCGCAAGCCCCUUCGAUUCUGUGCAGAGCGACUCCGCUCCCUUCUUCGAACGCUGGAAAUCGCCGACAUCUCCGAUUUCUCCCCCAUCACGCUGAUUUCCAAUUUCGCCACCCUGGUCAGCACUUACUCCAAAGGUUUUACUAUAAUCAUCGAACCGUUUGAUGACCGAACUCCCACUAUCGCCAACCCCAUCUUGCACUUCAGCUGCAUGGACGCCUCCAUCGCUAUCAAGCCGGUCUUUGAGAGGUUCCAGUCGGUCAUUAUCACCUCAGGAACCCUUUCGCCGCUGGACAUCUACCCCAAAAUCCUGGACUUCAGGCCUGUCACCAUGGCAACGUUCACCAUGACCCUCGCCAGGACCUGCCUUUGCCCGAUGAUUGUGGGGAGAGGGAACGACCAGGUGACCAUCAGUUCCAAGUUCGAGACUCGCGAAGACAUUGCCGUGAUCCGCAACUACGGGAAUCUGCUGCUGGAGAUGUCAGCCAUCGUCCCGGACGGCAUCGUGGCCUUUUUCACCAGCUACCAGUACAUGGAGAACAUUGUGGCCUCGUGGUAUGAGCAGGGGAUCCUGGAGAACAUCCAGCGCAACAAACUCAUAUUCAUCGAGACGCAGGAUGGAGCGGAGACGAGCAUGGCCCUUGAGAAGUACCAGGAGGCCUGCGAAAAUGGACGGGGCGCCAUUUUACUGUCUGUGGCCAGGGGGAAGGUCUCUGAAGGGAUCGACUUUGUCCACCACUACGGGAGAGCUGUGAUCAUGUUUGGCGUGCCCUAUGUCUACACCCAGAGCCGAAUCCUGAAGGCCCGUCUAGACUACCUGCGGGACCAGUUUCAGAUCCGCGAAAACGACUUCCUGACCUUCGACGCCAUGCGCCACGCGGCCCAGUGCGUGGGGAGAGCCAUUCGCGGCAAGACUGACUACGGGCUGAUGGUCUUCGCUGACAAGCGCUUUGCCCGGGCGGACAAGCGGGGCAAGCUCCCCCGCUGGAUCCAGGAGCACAUCACUGACGCCAACCUCAACUUGACGGUGGACGAGGCCGUGCAGGUGUCCAAGUUCUUCUUGCGGCAAAUGGCCCAGCCGUUCCGCAAGGAGGACCAGCUGGGUCUGUCUCUCCUCACCUUCGAGCAGCUGCAGUCGGAGGAGACGCUACGCAAGGUGCAGGAAAUUGCCCACCAGGUGUGAGGCAAGCAGGAAGGGGAUGCAGAAAGCACAAAUGGGGGUCUCCCCGAAGCUCCUGCCUCAGCCUGACCCACCGGCGGAGAUGAAAUCAGAGGGGCUAAACUCACACGGAUUUCAUACCCCCCCCCCCACAAAAAGACUCUGCUUGCCAGUUCCAGAUUUUGGACUCAGUUUGCAAUAAAAUAGGUUUGUUUAUUUUGGUUUUUUUAAAGUGCUGAGUGUUGUUCAUUCUGCUUUGCUUUCCUACCAUGAAAUCGAGAAGCGAUGUGUGUUGGCUGGAUCUGAAACCUGAAAAGCACUACAUCUUUCCUGCGUAGAAGUUGGCCCUGUCAGAGACCGUUUCGGCUUUUCAGCCGUCAUCCUUUGGGAAGGUCUCGGCAAGCCAGCGCAAUAACGUCAGAACAUGAGAGGCCUGCUGGAUCACGCCAAUGGCCCAUCUACUCCAGCCAACCCAUGAAACCCGCAAGCAGGAUUCAAGCACAAUAACCACCUUCUCCCCUCCUGCAGUUUCCAGCCAUGGCCUCAAAAGCCAUCUCCUCCUCCAUGAAUUUGCCCAGCCCUCUUUUAAAGCCAUGCAAGGUGAUAGCCAUACCUAUGUCCUGUGGCAAGGAGUUCCCCAGUUUAACCAUGCACUGCAUGAAGUUCUUUAUCCUGAACCUUGCAACGUUCGCCUUCAUCUGACGCUCACGGGUUCCAGCGUUAGAGAAGGCGGGAAACUCCUCUCCACUUUCUCCAGGUCACACAUCAUUUUAUAAACUAUGUGUUUCCCUUGGCCUGGACACUAGAGGUCUGUUGAUGCUAGGAUUGCACAACGGCUACCUUGCUGAGCCCCACCAGUACGCAGAAGAAGAGGAGGAGUUUGGAUUUGAUAUCCCGCUUUGUCACUACCCAAAGGAGUCUCAAAGCAGCUAACAAUCUCCUUUCCCUUCCUCCCCCACAACAAACACUCUGUGAGGUGAGUGAGGCUGAGAGACUUCAGAGAAGUGUGACUAGCCCAAUGUCACUCAGCAGCUGCAUGUGGAGGAGCGGGGAAUCGAACCCGGUUCCCCAGAUUACGAGUCUGCCGUUCUUAACCACUACACCAGUACGCAGCCCCUAAUGGGGAGUUUCCCCACCC